AUGGCGGGGUCCGCGGCCGACGCGGAGCAGGAGCAGAAGCGGGCGGCGGCGGCGGCGUACGACUACGAGGGCGACGCGCGCUGGGACGACUACUGGUCCAACGUCCUCGUCCCGCCGAACCUCGCCUCCCGCCCCGACGUCGUCGACCACUUCAAGCGCAAGUUCUACCAGCGCUACGUCGACCAUGAUCUGGUCGUUGAGCCGAGGUCAUUCACCGGUUCCACUCAGCCCAGCAGGCCAGAUGUAAGGUCUUCGUCUUCGUCAUCCAGCGAGAAUGCCAGGGCACGUAAUUCAGGAUCUACUUCGAGGUCAGUGCCGCCGCCGCCGCCACCUACACAAACAGACAGUGCUGCCAACCCUUUACGGUUCGAUGCACGGAGUAUACAUUUCUCCCUCAACGCAUGGAUACUUGUGGUUGCUGGUCUGGGAAUGCUUCCUAUUUUGCCAAAACACCUUGCUGACAGAGCUUGCAAACUUUCACUACUGGGAACAAUAUUUUCAUCAGGAUAUUCUCUAUACAGUACUUAUGGGAAACCAAGAGCAUGGAACAUGCCAGCAAUUAAAGCUUGGUUGCAGUCUGUACUUGCAACCAAGGAUUUUAUCCAUUUAAUGUUCUCUUUUAUGCUCUUCACAUCUCAAUUGCACUUGAAGAUUGCUGCACUACCUGUGCUUUGCUGGGCACUUGAUCAUGUUGCCAGAUUCCUAAGGCGUAACUUUGCUCGAUCCUCUUUCUAUAGGCAAUACCUGGAAGAGCCUUGUCUUUGGGUAGAGACAAAUAAUACUACACUGAGCCUCCUUAGUUCAAAUGCUGAAAUUACCUUGGGUUUUCUUCUGAUCAUAUCACUGCUCUCGUGGCGCCGUAGCAUAAUUCAGACAUUCAUGUACUGGCAGGUAUUGAAGCUGAUGUACCAUGCUCCUGUGACAUCCAGCUAUCACCAGAGCGCCUGGGCGAAUAUCGGCAGGAUUGUGAAUCCAUACAUCCACCGCUACGCCCCGUUCCUCCAGACGCCCAUUUCUGCGAUCCAAAGAUGGUGGUUCAGGUAG